GGCGGGUAACGAAAAUCAUCGAAAAAAUAUUAUCUGAAAAUAAAAAAUAAAAAAAUUUGAGAAAGAGAGAGAGGGAGAGAAGGAAUGGGGGAUCUAUACGCCUUGGACUUCGAUGGAGUUCUGUGUGAUAGCUGUGGGGAGAGCUCUCUCUCUGCUGUCAAGGCUGCUAAAGUGAGGUGGCCAAGUCUAUUCGAUGGUGUGGAUUCGACUUUGGAGGAUUGGAUUGUUGAUCAGAUGCACAUAGUGCGACCAGUAGUCGAAACUGGAUAUGAAAAUGUCCUACUUGUGAGGUUAUUGCUGGAGACGAGAAAACCUUCCAUACGGAAGUCCUCGGUUUCCGAAGGACUUACAGUUGAGGGAAUAUUGGAGAACUGGUCAAAGUUGAAACCUGUCAUUAUAGAAGAAUGGGGUGUGCAAAGAGAUGCCCUAAUAGAUCUUUUUGGGAAAGUGAGGGAUGAAUGGAUGGAGAAGGACUUGCCAACUUGGAUCGGUGCAAAUAGAUUCUAUCCAGGUGUUCCUGAUGCAUUAAAAUUUGCUAGCUCAAGUAUAUAUAUUGUCACGACAAAACAGAGCCGAUUUGCUGAUGCUUUACUUCGAGAACUUGCAGGAGUAACAAUACCACCUGAAAGAAUAUAUGGUCUUGGAACUGGUCCAAAGGUAGAAGUGUUGAAGCAACUCCAGAAUAAACCAGAACACCGGGGUCUGACACUACACUUCGUGGAAGAUCGACUGGCAACCCUGAAGAAUGUUAUUAAGGAUCCUGAAUUGGAUGGUUGGAAUUUAUAUCUGGGGGACUGGGGUUACAACACUCAGAAAGAGAGACAAGAAGCAGCUAGCAUUCCCAGGAUUCGAAUUCUCGAGCUUUCCGCCUUCAGUAAGAAGUUGAAGUAGCUUUUGCUCCAUGGUGUUACAAUUCCCUAUUUAGUUGCAGGUGUUUUAUAUCAUUCAUAGAGUAUAUGAAAUUUGAUCUUCACUAUCAAUGAUGGUAAAGUUAUACAACUAUGAGAUUCAGAAAUUCUUUCCCAUUUCAUAUCCUAUUAGCUUUUGCAAAGAGCAUAUUGAACUAAUUGCAAAACAAAUGCACUAUGUAUUACCAUAGUGGCUCUUUUUUUUU